UGACUUAGCAAACUAAUUUUUUUUUUUAUAAGGCAAGGAAUUUGGAUGGGUAGCAAAAAAUCACAUUCUAAUGAGACUAAUUUCCUGGAAUAGGAACAGGCUUUCCCAAGAGUAACAUGGGAACACCCCACGGAAAGUGUAUAUAAAUGCCCCAGAGAGGCCAUGAGAGUCAGAACCUGAGCUCCUUGCUAAGCUGCAACCUUCUCUGCUAGCAUCAUGGCCACCCAGCUCUGCUCUCUGAUCUUCUCCUCUGGGUCCAUCAAAGGCCUCUGUGGCACCACAGGUGGCAUCUCUCGGGUGUCCUGUGUCCACUCUGUGGGCUCCUGCAGAGUCCCUGGCCUUUCUGGUGUUGGGGGGUCAGCCUCCUCUGUCAGGCUGGGCCUCUCUGGCCUUGGGAGCUGCUUGCCUUGUUCCUACCUGUCCUCUGGGUACCACUCCUCCGGCUUUCCUGGGAGCGGGGGCUGGUUCUGCGAGGGCUCCUUCAAUGGCAACGAGAAGGAGACCAUGCAGUUCCUGAACGGCCGGCUGGCCAGCUACCUGGAGAAGGUGCACCAGCUGGAGCGGGACAGUGCAGAGCUGGAGAGCCGCAUCCGGGAGCGGAGCCAGCAACAAGAUCCCCUUGUGUGCUCCAACUACCAGUCCUACUUCCGGACCAUCGAGGAGCUCCAGCAGAAGAUCCUGCUGACCAAGGCUGACAAUGCCAGGCUGGUCCUGCAAAUUGACGGUGCUAAGCUGGCUGCUGGAGACUUCCGAACCAAGUACGAGACGGAGCUGGGCAUGCGGCAGCUGGUGGAGGCUGACACCGAUGGACUGCGCCGGAUCCUGGACAAACUGGCUCUGUGCAAGGCCGACCUGGAGAUGCAGGUGGAGUCCCUGAAGGAGGAGCUGAUGUGCCUCAAGAAGAACCACGAGGAGUCAACAAACACACUUGGAUGCCGACUUGGGGACCGGCUGAAUGUGGAGGUGGAUGCUGCCCCGCCAGUGGAUCUCAACAAAAUCCUGGAUGAGAUGAGAUGCCAGUAUGAGGCCCUGGUGGAAAAUAACCGCAGAGACGUGGAGGCCUGGUUCAACACCCAGACUGACGAGCUGAACCAGCAAGUGGUGUCCAGCUCGGAGCAGCUGCAGUGCUGCCAGACAGAGAUCAUUGAGCUGAGACGCACGGUCAAUGCCCUGGAAAUUGAGCUGCAGGCCCAGCACAGCAUGCGGAAUUCCCUGGAAUCCACCCUGGUGGAGACCGAGGCCUGCUACAGCUCCCAGCUGCCUCAGACGCAGUGCCUGAUCAGCAACGUGGAGGCUCAGCUGUCCGAGAUCCGCUGUGACCUGGAGCGGCAGAGCCAGGAGUACCAGGUCCUCCUGGACGUCAAGGCCCGCCUGGAGUCGGAGAUCGCCACCUACCGCUGCCUGCUGGAGGGAGAAAGACUGCAAGUGAGUGGGUUCCGGAGGUCCCGGCUUGUGGAAAGGGCUCACUUGGACCCAACCCUCAGUGCCGUGGUGAGGGCAUCAGUCCUAGAGUGGUUAUAGCACAGAUGAAGGGGGAUUGAUCAAAGCAUCUUCAGAGAGAUUCCUUCCAGCCCUGGGCUUUGGGCUUUUGCAGGGGGACAAGUCAGCCCCAUUCAUGGUACUUCUCCAACCAUUGUUUUUGGCUGCGAGUUUCUGGUCUUCAUCCCUGCAGGCCUUGGGGAUUUCAGAGGCACUGUCUGAGCCAUUUGUCAUUGUCACCCACUCGUCUCACUUGACCCCUGUUUACAUUUAACGCGAAUGUCAGUCCAAUGGCCAAUGCCAAACACCCGGAUAUGAUCUCAUUUCCUCAGGCUGCCUGCCCACCCUUGUGCCACGGAAUGCAAGCCUGCCGAUAGAGUUCCUUACAUCUCAAGUGUGCCCUGCGCCCCGGCUCCCCAGAUCAGCACCCAGAUCCGCACCAUCACGGAGGAGAUCAGAGAUGGGAAAGUCAC